ACACACAACAACAAGGGAAGGUGCGACCCAAGCAAUUGCGGACAGUAUAAGCACAUCAGGCUCCUUCUUGUCAAACUGGAUCUCCGGAGCGAAUUCAUCGAACUUGGCAGCAACAAACGAUGGUGUCCACUCGACGAGCGCAAAGCAGCGCAACACCACCGACUACACCGUCAGCAGCCCGGCAUGUCGAAGCACCUCAGUCUGCGCCGGGGAGUGGCAAGAAGAUGAGCAAGGAGUUGCGUCGCUUGACGAUCGAUGCAAAUCCGAGUCUCGGCGGAGUCGCUACGACGUCGCCGGCAAAGAGGAAGAGGCGGCGCAGCGGAGUGCGACAGGAAGUCGUCCACGACCAAACAGAGCGACAAGCACAGGCCGAUGGCUCGCAAGACCAAGCGCCAAGCCAGCUACUCCCCGAUGGAGGGGUCCUGUUGACACCUUCGCCGUCGGACUCGCCCGACUCGCCGCAUGUCCCAUCGACAAACGACGCCGCUCCCUCUCAGCCUUGCCUCGAACGACAAAUCACUCCGCUUGCCGUCAAGGACUCGCAACCGAUCGCUCAGAGCAGCAGUUUGCAGCCUGCUUCGCCCUCUGAUCAGUCACCUGCCCUCGCGACCCGAGCUGCUGGCAAGCGCAAGAUUACGCAAUACUUCACCGCCGUAUCCGCCCAAGACAAGGCCAACAAACGCCGCAAGAUCAAUGGCCCGCCGUCGCUACACAAGACGACGAGUGUGCCAGAGUCAUCUCUUGCUCCACCAACCACACUGUCCACUGCUGCCAGCGCGCCCGAGCUGAAGUCGGAAGAGACAAAAGAGUUGGAAACAACAAGUCAAACCCCUGUCGACCAAGUGGUACUAGAGAGCGUGGUGAAAGCAGUGCAAACACGGCCGGAAGAGAAGGAGCCAGACAAGCCUCAGGACACGGAUCGAGAGCACGAACAGCAAUACCACACGGCAGAAGAAGGCCACAGCAACAAGGAGGACCUGGCGAAACGAGAGGAAGACGAGAAGAAGGCGCUCAAGAGGGAGCGCGAGUUGAAGAAGCUGCAGAUCGACGCAAAACCUGCCCUGAUCGACAAACGCUCAAGAAGGCAGACGACUCUUCCACCCGCUCGCAUCGACGACGACGAAGACGCCAGGUCUGCCAAACGUCAACGCAUGAGUCUUCCCGCCUCUGGUAUUGCUGAUCCAUUGUCGUCGACUCCGGCAAGAGCUAAAGAAGAAGUGCCAGCCAAGGAGAUACCCACCAUUGCAGAAGCACUCGCUACUCCACCAGAACCAAAUCCGCCCGUCUUUCCCGCUGGAACUGAUCCAAAGUUGCUCGCAUCCGGGGAGGUCAAUGACAAGUGGCUCACAAAAUGGCUCGGUUACGUUGCUCAUAUUACUGGCGACGAGGACACUUCGAAGAUCCUAACAGAAGAAGACGCCACGCAUCUUGUCAAGCCUGAUCGCAGUCAAGAAACAAGCCAAGACCGCCAGAAGCGAAUCAGUGGCGAACUGGACACGAUAGCUACAUGGGAUGUCAUGGCACCUCAACAAGAAGCCACUCAGUCAAGUCCUGAACAAGCACCGAUCAAACCCUUGAUCAAGAAGAAGAAGCAGAGAUUCAACCCAAAGCCGAAAGGUCAACCGUAUAUACCAAAAGCAAAGAAGCGAGCCCAGGAAUUGGCAGCGCUCAAGGCGAAGAAGAAGGCCGAAGUCGAGGCAGGUGCAGGGUCAGUGGUAGCUGCAGAAGCAACAUCUGUGCAACGUGUGGCCCCGGAGCCGAUGCAACCAGCGGUAAUGCCACGGCCGGAGCAGAAGACCGAGGCCGAGAAGGAGGUCGAGCCUGUCCAACGAUCGACACCACAUGUACCGCCUCCUGUGCAAGAGGACGAGGUGGCGACAGAUUGGCUUACAGAUUUGAUGAACACUACAGAGACAAUCUUCCAGGCAGACGAGCAGACCAAGAAGACGAAACGAGGCAGCAAAGGAAAAGGGAAAGCCAAGGCUGCUUGAGACGCUUGAUUUGUUUGAGCAGGCGAUAUAUGAGGAGUCGGAUUAGCUGACAAUGGGAGUUUAUGGCUUAUGUUGUGCUUCUCUUGGCAGCAUGGGCAAGGUGUUUUCAGCAAGGGCGUUUAUGGCGAAUUGGGAUGUCUUUCUCAUCAUUUUCUCGAGCAUUGCACAUCUAUCCAUCAUUCAAGUUUUCUCAUUGUUCUUUUGGCCAACAGUAUCCGAGUAGUGUCUU